ACGGAUCUGUCUUUCCAAGGUAUAUAAAAACAACUUAAAUGCUUGUUCUGUCCAUAUCUCUCUCUCUAUUUAUGUGACAGUCACUUCACCAACAUCAUGAAUGUUCUGCUCAGUUUAUUCUUGUGUUUGGUUGCUCAGCUGUAGGGACAUACGUUGCAGUAUGGGUGGAAAUGGCAUUAUAGCUUUGGUUAGAGUUGUUGUGUCUCUUGUUAUUAUUGUGUUUCUUCUUGUUGGUAUCUUAGCAAACGCUGCACAAAGUGUUCCAUCAACAGAAAAGGUCAAGAGUUUGCGGUUUAGUGGUAAAGAUGUGAAUCUGUUUCAUGUAAGCAAGCGAAAAGUUCCAAAUGGAGCUGAUCCUAUCCACAACAGGAAAGAAACUUCAAGACAGCCACCACGAGUAUGAUCUAGCUUCCAAUAUUUACGACUUGUAAGACAAGAUAGUGGAUAACUCGACCUUCUCAAUUGCGUUUUCACGUCAAGAAGCUAGUUUUUUCUUCUGGGGCAGUCCAUAACUUCAGAUUCAGAUUAUAUGCUAAGAACACAUAGCUCGUGAAGCCUUGCUCUGUUUUCCAAAGUGAAGUCUUGCUCUCUUUUUCUUUUUGGGAACAUUGUGUCUGGAGAUUACAAACUUUUAAAGUAAAGGUGUAGAGAGAACAUUGAUGCAGAUAUUAAGACUUUUAAGGACUUUGUAGGGUUUUUGUAAUAACAUUUGUAUUGAUUAUAGGUUUAUGUCUUUAUCCAACUCUCAUGUUUUCCUCAUAGUUCUUUCUUUCUUUCUUUUUGUCUUUUAUUUAUUUACGUUUAAAGUCUGCUUUUGUGUUUCCUCUGCUAAAGCAAACCAUUAAACUAAAGUUGUCUGUUUUCAAAAACUCAUUUUUCUCCUUAAAUUACUGAUUU